AUGUGUAUAGCUACGUAUACUGGUUACCGUGGAGGUCCAUGGCUAUCUGCUCAUGCCACCUUCUAUGGUGAUCAAACAGCAUCAGAAACAAUGGGAGGAGCUUGUGGCUAUGGAAACUUGUACGCUAGUGGUUAUGGGACUCAGACAGCAGCUUUGAGCUCAACAUUGUUUCAGAAUGGAUUAGGGUGUGGAGGUUGUUAUCAGAUACGGUGUGUUCAAUCACCUCACUGUUUUAAAGGUGUCUUGUUCACAACCGUCACUGCUACCAACCUUUGCCCUCCCAAUUGGUCUGAGAAUUCCAAUGCUGGUGGCUGGUGUAACCCACCUAGGACUCACUUCGACAUGUCUAAGCCAGCAUUCAUGAAAAUCGCCGAUUGGCACGCCGGCAUCAUCCCAGUCAUGUACCGUCGAGUGCCUUGCAUGAGGAGAGGGGGAAUUCGAUUUCAGCUCCAAGGAAAUGGGUACUGGUUAUUGGUGUAUGCAAUGAAUGUGGGAGGAGCAGGAGACAUAGCAGGAAUGUGGGUGAAAGGAAGUCGCACUAGGUGGAUAAGCAUGAGCCAUAACUGGGGGGCAUCAUACCAAGCAUUUGAAGCUCUAGGUGGACAAGCCCUCUCUUUCAGGAUUGCCAGUCGCACCACAAGGCAGAUAAUUAUUGCUUAUAACGUCGCCCCCAGUAACUGGAACACUGGAAUGACAUAUGCGGCUAAAGUGAAUUUCCGUUGA